AUGAUAGCUCUAGCUGGACCUCAAAUGAAAAUUUUUUUGAUGGAUAAAGAAACGGUAAGAAUUUACUUGUUUCUAUUGAUUAUGAAAUAGUUUUGAAGACUUCUUGCGUUUCUUGUGCCUACGCUCAGUCAGAAAUAAUGCAGAAAGAGGUAAACCAAGAACUCAAACUAUUUUUCGAAUUGUAAAUUCAUAUUUUUUUAAGGUGUAUUUAUUUGACCGAUUGGAUUCUGCCGUACCUCGAGAUUCGAUUUCCCAUCUGAAAUGUAUUGCGUUCAUUCGGCCAACACAAGAGAACAUUGACAGAUUAAUUAAAGAGCUUCGCCAACCAAAGUAUAGCCAAUAUUAUAUUUGUGAGCUUGUUCGUUUUGCAACAACUUCGAAAAAUUUGAUUUCAGAUUUUUCAAACAUCAUCAGCAAACAGGAUUUAAAAACGCUUGCUGAAGCCGACGAGAAUGAAGUGGUAAGAUUUUUUUUCAAAUUUUCUUCUAUACGUUGGGCUUUUAUAGGUUCGUGAAGUCCACGAAUACUUUUUGGACGGCAUUCCGUUGAGAAGAGACUUAUAUUGCCUGAAUAUGAAUAAAAUUUACGACUCCUCCAUGAAUCUGAAGGCAGCUGCGUUUGAGAGAAUCAAACAAUCAAUAGUUUCUCUAAUGCUCCAGUUGAAAAGAAAACCUAUGAUAAGGUGGGAUUUAUUGGAAUUUCUGUUCGAAAAUCAUUUUCAGAUAUCAAGCUUCUUCGCUGAAUUGUAGAAACAUUGCUGAAGAAGUGUCUCAAGUGGUACGUCGAGAAAACACUUUGUUCGAGUCGGCUCACAACGAAGGACUUUUAUUAAUUGUUGAACGAUCGUUGGACGCCAUCACGCCUCUUUUGAACCAGUGGACCUACGAAGCUAUGGUGAGAAAGCGCAUAUUUCAAUUUAUUUUUUAAAAUGGAAAAUUUUAGAUUCAUGAACUGAUAACUUUGAGUAACAAUCGCCUGACGGCAGAUGGCCAAAGUAUGGUUCUCAGCGAAUUGUACGACGAUUUCUUUGCAGCCGUCAGUUUUGUCUAUAUUUAGAGAAAUCCUAAUGAAAAAACAAAAUAACUGAUAUUUGAAAUGUUCAUAUUUUGGCCGUCUUACUGAAAGGCAGUGCAAUCUUUCGUUUUUUGUUGGCUUUCUUUCAAAACCAAUAUGAACAAGAAAAACGCUUAUGAUUGGGAAAUACAAAGCUUCAUAAGCACUUGUGGAAUUGUACAUUACAUUUCAAAUUCGUAUUGCAGAACAUCACAUCAAACUUUGGAGAAAUCGGUCAGAACAUCAAAACACUCAUAAACGAGUUCCAAGAAAAAUCGAAGAUUCACAAAAAUCUUGAAUCCAUAGCUGACAUGAAAAAGUUCGUGGAAGAAUACCCACAGUUCCAGAAGAUAUCAGGUAAAGAGAUUUUAUCCGUUCGUUUUACAAUAUGAUAAUGAGUUUAAGGUACCGUCUCUAAACAUGUUACUAUUGUGGGAGAGCUGAGUAAACUGGUUUCAAGUACAAAUCUGCUCGAGAUGUCAGAAGUGAUUGUUUUUCGUUUGCAGUAAUCCAAUUUAUUUCAAUUUUGGGUUGAACAAACGAUCGUUGCCGAAGGUGACCAUUCCAGAUGUUUGGGAAGAGUGAAGAGUUUACUGAAUCAUCCUAAAACCACGCCAUUGGUAGAGUUUAUUUCUGAAUUUUUGAAAAGAAUAUUUUCAAAUUGGGAACGGUUGCCUGAGUUCAUAAAAAAAACCUUGGGCUGGCAGCUACGUGAUAGCUUCAAGUCACAAAAGUCACAAGGAAGGUCAUUUCACUCUGUGUUUUGGAAUUCCCAAAAAUUGACUGUUGUUGUAUCUUGGAAGUCUUAACACGCACAACUUUCUAGUUUCUGAGAUAAAAAAUUUCAAAAUUGAAUAAUUUUCUCAAAAUCCGUUGUAUUGGGUCUUGGGUAUCGCCUGUUUUGGAGUUUUGCAGACUUUCAAAAUCUAAAAUUGGCACAUCAAAAAGUGGUCUGAUUCAGGACAUUCCCAACUGGAAAGUUAAAUGAAAUUCUUUCUCAGAAUCUUAUUUAAAGAACUUAUAAAAGUCAGUUGCGGCCAAAAGGUUUCCAUUGGUGAUGAAUAACUUUUUAAAACUGAAACCAAAUUCGGGCAAAAAAUAAUCUUUAGAACGCUCUCCGGCUAGUCAUGCUGUACGCUCUUCGUUUUGAGAACCACCAGAACAAUGAUAUAACUACCUUGUUGAGUUUCUUGAGAGGAAAGGUUUUUUUCAAGCAUUUCUUUCAAAGUCUAUUGUUGCGUUAAGAACGCCAACGCUUCUCAAAUAGUGAGAAAUUUAUUGAAAUACGGCGGUUCGGGAAGAAGAUCAAACGACUUGUUCGGAGGAGGAUCGACUAUAGAACUGACCAAAAGGUGAAUUUUCAAAUUUUUCUAUGCAAACGGUUUUGUAGGUUCAUAAAAGGACUGAAAGGCGUUGAGAACAUCUACACCCAGCAUGAACCUUAUUUGAAAACUGUUAUUGAAAGUCUUUUGAGAGGCAGGAUGAACGAACAGUUUCCUACAGUCUCGUCAGAAACGUAAGCUUUUUUUCCAGUAAUUUUAUUUGCGAAGUUCGUUUUUGAUUUAUUCACUCUCAUUGUGACCAUUCCAACCAAAUGAAAAUGGACUUAUCUCAGACUAUCUGACGAGGUUUUUUAUUCAGCUGCCGUACCGAUCACAUUGUUGUUUUUGUUAUUGGAGGAGCAACUUUUGAAGAGUCCGCAUAUAUUCGCAACGUGAACGCCAAACGCGCUCAAGUUGGAUUUUGUUUUUUUUUGAUAUGAUUGAUAAGUAGAAUCUUUUAGGGUCUCGGCGGGCCAUCAAUCCUUUUGGCAAGCACUUUCAUGCAUAACACACAAAGGUAUGUUAAUUUCAGCUAUCAUUUGAAAACUUGUUGUUCAGUUUUCUUGAUGAGCUUCUGACGUUGUGA